CGACGUUUUGCACAGUUCAGUCGAUAGCAAAAGAUGAAAGAGUGCUCAUCGCGCAGCAAUUGGUGUCUGCUCAGUGUUGUAAUCGAUCAGCGUCUUAGAAUUGACACCUGUCGAUAUCUAAUCGAGAUUUUAUCGCGUCGCAUUACAGGCGACUAAAUCGCAUUUUUUAUUAGUUCGACCUGUUCCCACACCUAUGGAGUUUCAUCUAGACAGCGCGGAAUACUGCCAGGCACAGCACAAAUAAAAAGUAAUCACACCUCGAAUAGGGCCGUGGCUAGCCUGAGAAAACGCUAAAACUUUUAUGGAAGUCUAACAAAAUCGGACUAAAAGUGGUCAGCUGAGAUAGCUGAGUAAUAAGCCCGUGCGUGGGAAUAACGAAAAGAACAGACUUCAUCAUAUCACGAUUAGAAUUAUCGAAGGGUGUCCAAAGAGGGGGAAUGCGAUAAAGUGAAAAAAGAAUAGAAAGAGACCAUAGAGAAGAAAUUAAGCGAACCUAAGAAGUGCACUAAAAAUAUUAUUUAUAAUUUGAUUAAAUUGCCGAACAGGGAUUUUUGAUAGAUGUCUUAAUGGACAAGCACAGGAAAUUUCUUUAAUUUUUUGUGAUAACAUUGAAUGAAGGAAGAAAUAAUUCAAAAUUGUGUACUUAAUUAAUUAAUAAUUA